AUGUUGUUCAACAUCGCCACUCUUUUGGCUCUCGCCCCCUCCGUUCUUUCUGCGGUCACAGACAAUGGUGCUAAAAAGCAGCGCAAUGUUGUCCCUGGCGGAUACAUUGUCGAAUUCGAAGAUGUUAUGUCUGUUGCUUCAGACACCAAGUCGAGCUUCUACUCCGAGCUUGCAGACAAGAAGAUGAAUCCAACUCACCGCAUGGAUCUUUCUUCUUCUCUCUUCAAAGGUCUUUCAUUCCAUGUUGAUUCAGGUCUCGACCAGACAGUAGUUGCUUCGGACAUCCAAGCUAUGCCUCUCGUCCGUAAGGUCUGGCCCAUCUCUCUGUACGACACUCAGGACUUUGUGACCGCGCCUUACGUCAACGGUUCUAACUCCACUGGGUCAUCUGAUGUCUUCUCUACGCAUCUUAUGGGUCACGUCGACAGACUGCACGCUGAAGGCUUGACCGGAAAUGGCACCACGGUUGCCGUCAUCGAUACUGGUAUUGACUAUCUCCACCCUGCUCUUGGCGGUUGUUUCGGUCCUGGCUGCAAGGUCGCAUAUGGCUAUGAUCUGGUUGGUGAUGACUACGAUGGUACAAACACACCUGUGCCCGACCCCGAUCCGUACUCUUCAUGUAAUGAUCACGGCACCCACGUCGCUGGUAUCGUCGCUGCCGGUCCCAACCCUUACAACUUCACUGGUGUUGUACCAGAUGCCACCCUCGCUAUUUACAGAGUUUUUGGAUGCUCCGGAAGCUCUGGAGAUGACGUUCUGAUUGAUGCCUUCACCCGUGCUUAUGAAGAGGGAGCCGAUAUCAUCACUGCCAGUAUCGGUGGUGCUAACGGCUGGACUGAAGAGCCAUGGUCUGUCGUUGUCUCCCGUAUUGUCGCAGCUGGUACCCCCUGCACUCUUGCUGCCGGUAAUGAUGGGUCUGAGGGUCUGUUCUAUGGUUCAUCUGCCGCUGAUGGUAUUGGUGUUAUCGCCGUUGGCUCUAUCGACAACAUUGAGUCUCCUGUCUUUACUACCUACGGUAUUUACAGUGUCGACAACUCGACCACCGGCCAGUUUGGCUACCUGGAAGCUGCUAUUGGCAUGCCUAACAUCAGUCUUCCUCUUUGGGCCGUCAGCGAGGACAGCACUAUCCCAGGUGAUGCCUGUGAGCCUCUUCCCGCCAACACUCCCGAUCUUGCCGGCAAGCUUGUCCUUAUUCGUCGUGGCACUUGCACCUUCGACACCAAGGCUGCAAACGUUGCUGCCUUUGGAGCACAGUACAUCAUGUUCUACAACAAUGCUCCCAGUCUCACCUCCGCGAGUGUCACUGAUCCCGACAUCCUCGGAGCAGCCAUGGUCUCCGCUGAGCAAGGUGCUUCUUGGGUUGCCACUCUUGCAGCUGGUUCCGCUAUUCAGGUCACCAUCACCGGCGAUUUGACUGUCUUCUCGAGCCCUGCCAACAAUGUCACCGGUGGACACAUGUCCACUUUCACCAUGUGGAACCCUACCAAUGAGGCUUACGUCAAGCCGGAGAUCUCUGCCCCUGGCGGUAACAUUCUGUCUACUCUCCCUCUUGCACAAGGUGGUUACGGAGUCCUGUCUGGUACCUCUAUGGCCACUCCAUUCGUUGCUGGUGUUGUCGCACUUAUGAAGCAGGCACGCCCUGAUCUUGACGCUUACACCAUUCGUGCCAUUCUCGGUACGACCGGCCAUCCCGUCACCUUCAACGACGGCACGACUACUUAUGACUACCUGGCUCCUGUCGUACAACAGGGUGGCGGUGAAGUCGAUGCCUAUGCCGCAGUCUACACUUCCACCGUCCUUGACGUAGCCAACCUCGCUUUCAACGAUACAGCACACUUUGUCAAGGAGGCAAACUUCACCAUCACCAACCGUGGUAGCAGCGACAUCACUUACAACUUCGACUACGUCAACGCUGCCACUGCUUACACUCUUCCCGAUGAUGGCAGCACCCAGCCUCAGACCUUCCCUCCGGAUCUCGUCACCUCUGGCGCUAGUGUACACUUCAGCUCUGGUAGCAUUAGUGUUGCGGCUGGCAAGUCCGAGGUCGUCAUUGUCACCCUGUCUCCUCCUGAGAACCUUGCGACCGCUCGCAUUCCUGUUUACUCAGGCUUCAUUACUAUCAACGGUACCAACGGUGAUUCGCUCAACCUUCCUUACGCCGGUAUCGCAUCUUCGCUCAAGGAUGCUACUGUUCUCGACCCUAGCACUGGAUACCCAUACAUCACAAGUACCUCUGACAACACCUUCGUCCCUUUGGAUCCUGGUACCGUCUUCACUAUUUCACUCGCGAAUGCCACUGUGAAUGAUACCAUUAGCAAUUCAACCGGUCUUCUAGUCCCCAAUCUGAGAAUCGGCCUCGUCAUGGGUUCAUCGCUGAUUCGUGCUGAUCUCCUUCCUUCGAACGGCACUUAUGGCACUUACAGCAACACCACCACCAUUCUCGGCGUCAAGACUCUCGGUGCUAUCGCCGGUACACCCACGCUCUAUCAACCUAGAGCAAAUGCUUGGAGUACUGCCUUCUACGGUGUCCUCGAUGACGGCAGCAGAGUGCCUGCCGGCACCUACUCCAUCUUGGUCCGGGCCUUGAGGAUCUUUGGAGAUGCAACCAAUCCCGACGACUACGAUAGUGCCGGGACUGUACCUUUCACGAUCAGAUAUGUCCAUUGA